CAUUUCUUGAGUUUGAUACGUUUUCAAAUAUGAAUUCAAUGAAGCAGUUGCAAAAUGUUAAUUGCCCGCCGCAUCAGGGUCUCUCAUCUCUCUUCCUCCUUCAUCCAAAAUCCCCAAGUUCAGUGCGAUGCAGCAGCAGGUACAACGCCACCUCUUCUCCGUCCUCGAUUCGUUUCCGUUCAACCUUCUCCAUCCACCGUAAAUACACUCUUUUCGCCCCAUUUCCAUUUCCAUGCGCAUCACUGAACUCUUCGGAUUCCCUUACACCCGAUCCGGAUCCGAUUCACUCACACGACCCGAUCCAGACGGUGAAGCAAAAUUCAGUGCCUAUUUUGGAGAUUCUGAAGCAAUCAAAUUCAUUUCUGCCUCAUGUACUCAUUGCUACUACACUGCUAGCUCUGAUCUUCCCACCUUCUUUAACAUGGUUUACCACCAGAUACUAUGCACCUGCACUUGGGUUUUUGAUGUUUGCUGUAGGGGUUAAUUCAAGUGAAAAGGACUUUCUUGAGGCAUUUAACAGGCCAGCAGAAAUUGUGACUGGUUAUGUUGGCCAGUUUGUUGUGAAACCUCUUCUUGGAUAUCUGUUCUAUUUAAUUUCAGUAAAUGUAUUUGGUCUACCAACAGCUAUAGGCGCUGGGAUUGUGUUGGUGGCUUGUGUUAGCGGAGCCCAACUCUCGAAUUAUGCUACUUUUCUAACAGACCCACAAAUGGCACCAUUAAGCAUAGUUAUGACAUCACUGUCCACUGCUUCUGCUGUUUUUGUCACGCCGCUCUUACUACUAUUGCUCAUUGGGAAGAGACUACCUGUAGAUGUAAAAGGAAUGGUGUUUAGCAUUACACAGAUUGUGGUGGCACCUAUUGCAGUAGGCCUCCUUCUAAAUCGCUUCUUUCCUCGUAUUUGCCAGGCUAUUAGACCGUUUUUGCCUCCUCUAUCGGUAUUGGUGGCAUCUAUCUGUGCUGGAGCUCCACUCGCUCUUAACAUUGAGUCAAUUAAAUCCCCCUUAGGAGUUACUCUCUUGUUGCUUGUUGUUGCGUUUCAUUUGUCAUCUUUUAUAGCUGGUUAUGUCCUAAGUGGAUUUAUCUUUCAUGAUGCUCCUGAUGUGAAAGCAUUGCAGCGAACAAUUUCCUUCGAGACAGGAAUGCAAAGUAGCCUUCUUGCCCUGGCUCUCGCUAAUAAGUUCUUUGAAGAUCCAGUAGUGAGCAUACCUCCUGCGAUUUCUACUGCAAUGAUGUCGUUGACGGGGUUCGGUCUUGUUCUGAUUUGGAGCAAAAGAGGAAAGGGCGAGACAAAACAAAGCACCUGAAAGGUAUGGCUUUAGAUGUAUAUAGUGCUCUCGCCCAUAGCGAUCACUAUAGUACUGCUGAAGCUAUCCUAAGGAUCAACAACUGGCAGAAGAGUAAUAUCACGUCAUCUGUUGAUGUUGAAGUGAUUUUAUUUUUUUAUAAUUUUAAGAACCUCACAAGCGGGUUAGUGAUCAACAAAACCAUCAUUAGUGACGUGAGUUUUUCUUCUUCUAGUUAUUGAACCCAUGGUUGCUAAAGUAAAACCAAGGAUUAAUUGUGUGUUUGAAUUAGUUUACAGAAACUAGUGUGUUAAAUAAGUUUGAAAACCAAGUUUUGCUAAAGUGGUUACAGAAAUAUGAUUUAUGUUUAAAUUUGAUAAAAUUGAUCUUGUUUA